AUGGAUAAGUUUGUUUCCAAUGGGAAGAAUGAUGAUAGACUGAUCCAGAAGAUGAUUAGGGAACUUGAGGAAGAAACUCCUGUUAAAAAGCGUUCAGUUAGACCAAAUACCGCGUUUUUGAAUAGAUUAUUACAAAAUACUACAAGACAAAAUACCAAAGAUACCAAGUCUUUACAAAAUGAAGAUAAGAAAGAAGUGAAAAGUGAUAGGAAAGAGAAAAAGACAGAUUUAAAAGUGACUAAACCUUCAAAAAACAAAUCAAAACGUAAAAAUAACAAAACUACAGGGUAG